AUGGAUUCAGCCCCUCCACCCCAACCACCAGCUUCACAAAGAAAUAAUUCAACUUCCGCAAGGAAAAGACCAAAAUUACAAAAAACUCUCUCUAUACCUGGUGUAACCUCUAGUGGUAGCGGUAAUGCAGGAGGAGGACGAGGAAGAGGCAAUAGGGGAACUGGUCGUGGUGGAGGCAGAGGUAGCCGCGGUGGAAUGAGUCGUAAAUCGUCUGUAGCACGAAAAUCUUCAAUAAUUUCGCCAACAACAUCACAAGAACAAUUAGGGUCGCCUUCUUCAUCCACAGCUGCUACACCUGCUCCCACCUCACCGAGUGUCCCAUCAACUCCUGGAGUAUCUGUGCCGCCUACACCUUAUGGUGAAGUCUUUGAUAGUCAAGUAACCAUUAAUACACAAAUGAAAAGAUCCAAGGAGGAAUUGAGAGCAUUACUUGAAAAUUUCUCAGAAGAGCAACUGCAACGUUAUGAAGUAUAUCGAAGAUCUUCAUUGAGUAAACCAAAUGUAAAAAGAUUAGUUGGCCAAAUACUUAAUCAACCAUGUUCACCGACAAUGGCUUUCGUGAUUGCUGGUUUCACUAAAGUUUAUAUUGGAGAAAUCGUUGAAUUAGCGCGUGAAGUUCAGAAAGACUGGAAUCAAACAGGCGCCCUCACACCAGAACAUCUUCGCGAGGCAAAUCGUCGUUAUAAACAAACAGCGGGAUUCGCAUCAAGUAAUUAUCAUAAGAAAUUGUUUUAA